GUAUUUCCCCUGUAACGCCAGUGGCCCUGCUAAACUUGCGCCCUGCAUCUUUAGAUUUUCUGACAGAGACAGAUUUAUUUUCAACGUGUUUAGUAUUUAAUAUUACAACAUUCAUUAUCGACAAUCGUUUAUCACCAACCCGGCAAUGACCAGUGUCCUAUCAACAUGGCUCUCCAGCCGAUAAAUACCAAGGUUGACAGGGACGGCUACCUGCUCUCCCCCGUCAACUACGACGACGAUGCCAUAUCUCUCCAUAGCAGAAGCGAACAAGACACCGAUAGCGAAGAUGACGAAUUGCUUGCCGCUGCAAGGAACAGCCGGGAGCUGCGCGCUAGGGAUCGCUUGGUAUUGAUGGAGGAGGAAGAGUUAGAUGAACUGAUUAUUAAUUCGAGGGCUCAACAAGAACGGCGGAGGAGAGGGAGCAAUCUUUCGAUACCAAAUCCCAUACGUAUCCUCCGAGGUUAUAAUAGAGCACGAUCUUCAAGCGCGAUAGACGAUAACGGGAGUUCGGUCGAGGAUUUAAACUAUGAGAAACGUAGAAAUAGGCGGAGAAGACGUAAAGACAAGAAAGAUCGCCUACUCAAUGAGGCCCGUGAUGGUGAGGAUGGCCAAUUGAUGUAUGAAAUGGAGCAGGGUGGAUUAAAAGACGGGAGCUCCACCGGUAAUAGCAGUGACCGUGAGGGUAGCGACGAAAUCGACCGCAAACGUUUACUUCGAAUGUCUGGGUCCGAAGACUCCUCCGGUUCUAGCAUUAGACAGGUUUUUUUCCCAAACAAAAAGGCCAAGUCUACUAAAAAGAGGAAAUGGAUGAAAUGGUUACUCAUACACGCUACUAUCAUAGUAGGCGUUACUUUUAUAUCCCUCGUCAUCUGGAAGUUCACCCAGGGGAAGAAAUCAAGUCCCCGUCCCCGGAUGGUCACCAAUGGCACCGCUACCUUUUUACCGACCACUCUUAUCAUUAGUCUCGAUGGGUUCCGAGCGGAUUUUCUAAAUAGGGGUCUUACUCCUAGGCUGAAUGCCUUCAUCAAAGAAGGCGUGUCGCCGCUGUACAUGACCCCGUCCUUCCCAUCCGUGACUUUCCCCAAUCAUUACACUCUAGCAACUGGCUUAUAUCCGGAGAGCCAUGGUGUAGUGGGUAAUUCUUUCUGGGACCCAGAACUAGAAAGUGACUUCUUCUACACUGAUCCGAACAGGAGUCUUGAUCCCAAGUGGUGGGCUGGUGAGCCCUUCUGGGUCACAGCGGAAGAGCAAGGCGUUCGUACAGCUGUCCACAUGUGGCCAGGUAGUGAAGCCCAUAUUAUGGAGACGGAACCGACUUACCUGGAUAAGUAUAAUGGAAAAGAGAAACUUCCCAAGAAGGUCGCACGAAUUCUCGAAUUCCUUGAUAAGCCAGGACUCGAAGACCCAGAUGCAGACCCCAACAAUUUGAGGCCGCAGCUCAUUGCUGCCUACGUACCAAAUGUUGACGCUGAUGGCCAUCGUUAUGGGCCAAAUAGCACCGAAAUUCGGAUGACUAUCAGUGCAGUAGAUACGAUGCUUGAUCAACUCUUCCACGGACUAGAGGAGAGAAAUUUAACCGAUAUUGUGAAUGUCAUCAUCGUCUCUGACCAUGGCAUGGCUACUACGGAUAUAAACCGUAUGAUUCAGAUCGAAGAUCUAGUAGACAUGGACAAAGUUGAGCACCUUGAUGGAUGGCCAUUGGUGGGCAUCCGGCCCAAAAACCCAGAGGACUUGCAGGUUUUGUAUGACCAAGCAGCCGAGAAGGGAAAGUCCAAUCCCAACUUCGACGUCUACCUCAGAGACGAGAACAUGCCAGAGCGUUACCAUUUCAGCAAUAACAAACGUAUUGCACCAUUGUGGAUCGUGCCCAAGACCGGGUGGGCUAUUGUUGAUCGAAAGGAAUUCAAUAUCGAAGAAGCCAAGGCUAAGAACCUUGUCUUCCACCCAAGAGGACUACAUGGUUACGAUCACGAACAUCCACUGAUGAGAGCUAUUUUCGUCGCCCGCGGACCCGCCUUUCCACAUCAACCCCACAGCAAAGUAGAAGUAUUCCAAAAUAUAAAUGUUUAUAACAUCCUCUGCGACUCAGUCAGCAUGAAGGCGAUGCCGAACAACGGGACUCUACGCCUGCCACUCGAGGUCAUGGGUCUGCACGACCCAGAGACAGUGUUUGAAGAGCCGGCCGAUCCUGUUUCAGCCGCAGAAGGUGUCUCGGCCGUAGAAGACGUUUCGACCGGAGCCACAUCUACCCUUCCUGUAGCAACAGGCGCUGAGUCUACUGAACCUUCGUCAACGGUCAGUGUAGAGCCCACCGCUGAGGAUAAGCCAGUGGUAGAAACUCCAGAAGGGGCUAAGGACGAGGAUAAACCCGAGAGUCCCGACUCUCCGUGGUGGGAAAAUGCCUACGAUUGGGUGAAGGACAAGUUUGAUGGCCUUGCCGAUAAAAUAUCAGGGGCUUUUAAUGAUUCUUCUUAGAACGUUCUUAUCAUGAUACUUUAGCCCCUUUAUUGGUGUACACGUAGGUACCAGGUUCCUAUCUACCUGGGUCAGGCAUUAAUCAUCUGGAGUAUAGAGGGUUGGUUGGCACUGCUGGCGUUUUUUUCGGGUUUUCUCCGUCGCCUUGGGGUGUUCUUGGAUGGAUGGGAUACUGCUUGGUAAUGUUGUUAAUACAGCGCCUAGGUACUUAGGUAGGGGGGAAAGGGUAUUUCUUUAUAGAACUAAUAUUCGCAUCGUUGAAUUGAUUGCUAUCGUUUAGGCCUCUUACAUGCCCCCCUGAAU